AUGGCCUGGCCGCAGAAGAAUCACGAGCUUGAUAGUAUGGACGACACCGGUUAUAGCGAUCUCGACGAUGCCACACCGAGUGAGAUAGCGGAGUACUGGGACAAUGGCCAAAACAGCACACAGCCGCAUGUCACCAACCAGACAGACGACCAGACUAGUGACUCUUUGAAUGAUCAGGCGUUCCUCGACGAGGUGCGCGACUCAUACUAUGCGGAAGAUCAAAUGCUUGUGGCAAGAGCAUUCAUGGCGUCAGAGGACUGGGGGGAUGAACUUGACGACCCACCCAAACCUGGCGCUAAUACACACGAGGCCAUUGAGCAUGUAGUUGACGAUGAGCGAUGGGAUGUGGACAAGGAUGCUAUCAAUUUUCUUGCAGAAGUCAUGUCUUUCGAUGGAGAAGAUUAUCUCAUCGAGCACCUGGGGAAAUACUCUACAAUUCGUGACCUUAAGAUGGAAUUGCCAGUUCUCCACCGCGAUCCAGAACUCGAGCUCCUGAUGCUCAAACAGCGGCAUGAAAUCUCCAUCAAUACUCGAGACGUAGAAUUGUGGACACACCAAGAAGGAGAUGGCAAAGACCUUGAUAGAGAGAUGGAUGAUCCUACUCUACCGGCUCGAAUCGAGGCCGAGAUCGCGAACGAAACGCUCGAUGUGUCUGAGGAAGCGGCGAGGUUUCUUCGCAACAUUCAUAAAGAAUUCAAUUCAAGCAACGCAGACCUGCUCGAUCUGCUUAUCUGCUUGAAAUCGCCAGACACUUACAAGGUCGAGACGCCGAUACUACUGCCACAAUCGCGUUCACAGACUCCGGCUGCCAUGGACGCCUCCCUGCUGGAGGUCAAUCUCACUUCAACGCCCGAGGACUUGAUAGCGGCCGAGGCUAUUAAGGUUGAGCAGCAAUUGCUGGAACAGGAUGAGCGGGGAUUCUCUUCCAUGGAAACCUUCGAUCAUUCUGGAUUGCCGAGCAAUCUCGCUUCAUCAGAGACUUCGUCGGACAUCCGCUUGUCACCUCUUAUCGCGAGAACUCUAGAGAAAGUGGAAGUGCCUCUGACGCCCCUCGGCUGGACGACCACUUCUUCAUGCAGAACAGUCGAGGCCAAGGAUACGACGAUGGUCUCACACAGUCUCGUACCUUCACCCGAAUCAGAUGAAUCACGACCAGAUCGAGAGUCUGCGAAGCAAUAUCUUCAGAACUGCCUCGACGCAAUUGCUGGGCCCGCCGUAGAGAUUAUGAAGCAUCGCCUUGAGAAUGAAAAGUUGUCCGCACUUGACACCAUCUUGCGCGUUCCCGUACCUGAAUUGGAUCACAGCCUCCCCAGACCACCUUGGGAAUUCCCGGCGGCCACGGCCAAUCUGAUCAAGCGUGCCAUGGAAGACUUUGACGAAGGCGAUCUCCUCUUUCCUGGCUUGUCCGAGCUGGAGCAAAAGCUAUCCUGGACUGCAUUUCCUGUUCGGCUCGGUAGAGCAAUGGAGGAAGAAAUAUACAACGAGGAACUCGAGAUAGACGAGUCCGUCGCGAGGUAUGACUCGAGUAUUGAGAUGGACGAUGAGCUAGACAUUGCGGAGCUUUUCACCGAAACUGGUCAUCAUUCGAUACUUCACUAUCACGACGAAGAUGAUGAGGAACUCAAGACUCUGCUUACCGACCAUUGGUCGAGGGAGGAGCCCAGCUUGAAUCAACAUGAGCUCACAGCCGAGCUGCAAACCGGUCCGCUUCCAACCACGACAGUCGACGAAUCCAGCAACGUAGACAUGAACACGGGUACCGAAUUGCCGUAUCAAACGGACAUCCAGAAUCUGCUGCGCAGACGCAAGCUUGAGCUGGCGAGAUCGAGUAAUAAGUCAUGCGUUACGGCGAAGACGCAGCAGCAUCAUCCUACGUGCCCAAUCGCGAGUAUCCAUGGGCCAAAGCAGACCCAACACAACCUGGCUCCUUCUCUCGGCGACUCACUGGGUGCUGGUAGAAUAGGGCAGUUCUUGCGUCUACAGGGUAGUGCAAAACUACCGACUGCUCCAGAGUGUGCAAGCCGGCUUAUUCCUCACACCAGUGGCCCAACCGCAGUCGUGGUAACGCCUCAAGAAGAGCGUCACAUUCCUACGCUCUUCUUGCCUGCUCCUCAACUACCAAAGCCGCAAGAUCCAGUACAAGUCAUCUUUGGAAGCUCAGUGCUUGCUGAUCGUACAUUGGUUCGCGCCCUACAAACACAACUGCCAAUGCUCGAGAUCAUCGAACGACACAAUAUCACAGUAACUGGAGGCGCUACGAACAAGGCAAUGGUAGAGACGCACAACGACGAAUGCGACGUUACUCUCUCUUCUGACACUGGUCUCAUUUUCACGACUCUUCAGAAGCUCAAGCAGAAGGCAUUGCCUGGGCAAAACAAGCAUACUGGCGUACGUGAGCGCAUUGCUGCAGUAUCUGCACACUACGGUCGUAUUGUCGUGCUGGUCGCUGGAGGUGAAGGGAUUAUUGCAGACGCCAUAGCGUUCGACCAGCGAGACUGUGAUGCCAUAGCAGACCUAACCGCCUUUGCAGCAGCACUCCAGACAGCCCUGGAAGUGUAUGUAGUGCCAGGCGGCUCAAAGGAGAUCGUCAAGUGGCUUGCUCCAUUAAUCAUGCAGCAUGCAGGCACCUUGACAGCAUCAAAGCUUAUGCAAGAAGACACUCAAUGGGAGCAUUUUCUCCGCCUUGCAGGGCUGAACGCAUAUGCUGCGCAAACUGUACUUGGCAAGGUUAAUCAGAUCGGGCUCUCUGGUGGUAGAAAAGGGCUUGCGCAGCUCCUACAGAUGACAGACGAGCAACAUUUGGUCCAAUUCAGCACAUUACUGGGUGAAGAUGUUGUGCGACGUUUGAACGAGAUGGUUAACGCAAAGUGGUGGUCGAAGGGUACCGCAAUGCAUUAA